AUGUUGUUUUGGAUGUUAUUAGCUCUUAUAGCUACCAUAAUUUAUUUUACUGAUAAACAUUUUCACAAUUAUUGGACACGGCAUGGAGUGUUUCAAAAGGAUCCAACAUUCUUCCUGGGUGCAGUCAGUGAAACAAUUCUUUUGAAGCAAUCUUUUGGAGAAUUCAUUACAAAUAAUUACACGAAAUUUAAAAAUAUCCAAAAAGUGUGUGGAAUUUAUUUUGCAUACCGACCAGCUUUGAUUGUCAAUGAUCCAAAAUUAAUUCAAGAUGUGAUGAUUAAAGACUUCAAUAGCUUUCAAAAUCGUGGCAUUUUAUUCAACCAUGAAGUUGAUCCAUUAGCUGCACAUUUAUUCAAUCUUGAAGGACAAAAAUGGCGGGACUUGAGAGUCAAAUUAUCUCCAACUUUCACAUCAGGUAAAUUAAAAACAAUGUUUCCAACUAUCCGAAGCUGUGUCAAAACCCUAGAAGACUAUUUGAUCAAAAGUGUGCAAAAUGGAAAAAAUGUUCUGAACAUGCGAGACUUAAUGGCUAGAUAUACAACAAAUGUGAUAUCUUCUGUAGCUUUUGGAAUUGAUAACGAUAGUAUUAAUGAUCCUAAUAACAUAUUCCGUAAAAUGGGAUUAAAAAUUUUUCAGGUUUCAAUCAAGCAAGCUCUUAUCCAAACUUUACUAUUUUUUGCACCGGCUCUAGUUGUGAAGGCUAGAAUAAAACUUAUUCCAAAAGAUUUAGAAGAUUUCUUCAUGACAAUUGUGAAGCAAACUAUUGAUCAUCGUGAAGCAAGUAAGGAAAAUGAAAGAAAAGAUUUUAUGCAGCUCAUGAUACAGCUUAAGAAUCAAGGUUAUUUAUCAGCUGAUAAAGAUGAUGAUGAGAAUAAAAAAAGUAAUAACAGCGAAGAUGUAAAAAAAUUGACAUUUAAUGAAAUAGCCGCUCAAGCAUUUUUGUUCUUUGCUGCAGGGUUCGAAACAUCAAGCUCAACCAUGAACUUUUGUCUUUUCGAAUUAAGUAGGAAUCCAAAUAAGCAGAAGAAAGUUCAUGAAGAACUUGAUAAAGCUCUUAAAGACAUGGCCAUAAAUGACAUAACUUAUGAGAAGUUGAAUGAAUUGAAAUAUCUUGAGUGCUGUAUUGAUGAAGCUUUAAGAUUGUAUCCUAUUGUUCCUGCACUAAUUCGAGAGUCAACUAAUGACUACAAAUUUUCGACCAGUAACUUAAAAAUUGAAAAGAAAGUGCCAAUUAUGAUUCCAGUUAUGGGUCUGCAAAGAGAUCCAUGCAUUUACGAUAAUCCAAUGGAAUUCAGACCUGAAAGAUUUUUGGACUCAGCUCAUGGAAAUGGAAAGGUUCAAGGAUUAUUUUAUAUGCCAUUUGGUGACGGGCCCAGAAACUGUAUUGGCGCUCGGAUGGGGAAGCUCCAAACAAAACUCGGACUUGUUGCGAUCCUAUCGAAAUUUACAUUUGAACUUGAUGAUAAGAAGUUUUUACACACAGAACUUGAAUACGAUCCACGACAGUUCGUGUUGACACCAAAACAUGAAGUUAUGUACAAAAUUUCAUCUCGUGUCUGA